AUUUCGCCACCAGGCGGCGCCUCUAGUACGACGUCACUCGUGUAUCUAUAGUUUCCUUCUGUUUUGAAACCCAAGCUUAGUGAUUUAGUUCCUUGAGAAAUAUUAAAUACGUGAAAAGUGUUAUAAACUGGAAAUCAACAGGCUCCCAAAGAUGGAAAAGAGGGUUGCUUUGGAAUUAAGAGGAAGAAAUCCUUCACAGGUAAAGGAACUAAACCUGGACAAUUGCAGGAGUACCACCAUAGUUGGGUUAACAGAUGAAUACAUUAACCUUGAAAAUCUCAGUCUCAACAAUGUUGGACUCACCACACUUAAAGGUUUUCCAAAACUGCCCAAGCUCAGGAAACUCGAGCUCUCUGACAACAGAAUAUCCAAUGGGCUGAACUUCCUAAAUGGCUGCAAAAAGCUAACACAUCUCAACUUAUCAGGAAACAAAAUAAAAGAUUUAGACACUUUGAAGCCUUUGGAGGAGUUUGAAUACUUAAAGAACCUUGAUUUGUUCAACAAUGAAGUCACUAGCAUUGAAGAAUAUAGGAGUAAAGUGUUCGCACUACAUCCAUCUUUAAAAUAUUUAGAUGGAUUUGACAAACAAGACAGAGAGGUUGAGGACAGUGAUGCGGAGGAAGAGGAUGAAAUGAAUGGAAAUAAUGACAGUGAAGAUGAUUUGGACAUAGAUUUGGGUCCGUUGGUGAUAAAUGAUGAUAGCGUAUGCGAAAUUCCUGAAGAGGAGAGAACCUCUCUACCAAUGAUAUUAUACACUGUUUAUGGUCUGCUAUUCCACAUGGGUUUCCUUUUAAAGAGUUCAGAGGUUGAAGAAGAAGAGGAAGAUGACGAGGAUGUGUCUCUUAGUGCAGUCUACAAUGAUAAUCUUGAAGAAGAGAGCUCUACCAGCUCUUUAUAUGCAGGCAGUGAGGUUGAGGAAGAGGAGGAAGUAGAUGACGAAGAAGAGAAUGACCGUGAGGGAAAUCAAAAUUCUAAAGUACAAGAUGGUGAGGAGAAUGCAGACGGAGCACCCGAAGAAAGCACUCGGGGUAAAAAACGGAAACACGAGGAUGACGACGAGAAUUGAGUGUUGCCUUAAGCGGAAUUAUCUUACUAGUUUGUAAGUGUACAGCGCUCCGAUGCAUCGGACAAUAAACCUGUUCACAAUCACGAAACCCCGCAGUCAUCCCCGUAGACUAGUUGUCAUUCGUGAGAUUGAUACCCGACACCCAAUGAGGCUAGACUCUAUCGCUUUCACUCUAGUUUCACGCGUCCAUCGGAUGUCGUACAAUUUUAUGAAGUUUUUCUAUCAUUGAUUAAUGUUGGAUGUCUCAAUAGACAUGUGAAAUCUGUAGUUUGUUGUCCGACAGUUAAUGUUUCAAUUAAAUUGUUUAUGUAAUAAUCAUUUUUUAUUCUAUUGAUAUGCUUAAUUUUUAGUCUAAUCAUUGAAAUGGAAGUGCAUGAUUAUAGGUUAAAAUAGCUCUCAUUUGAUCUACAGUUAUGAAGAAUUGUAUUAAUUAGCUGUAAGUAAGAACAUGAGUAAAUUGUUAGACAAAACUAUUCCAAAAAUUGCCCUUGGAAUCUGUUACAAACCUUAGUUCUCACAUGGGCGCCGCCUGUUUUUUGAUGACCAAGUUAGACUGAUAAAGACAUACUAAAAAUUUUAAAUACUAUGACAUGACGUCAAUUUUCUUGUAGAGAAUUAUUUACUAUAAUUACAAAUUAUGAUAAUAAUGGGGAGUAAUACAUCAACAUCCAUGAUUUCGAGUUUAUAAGAUUAAGAGGGAGAAUAAAAUAUUUUUACAAGAACAAAAGCUAAAGUAAUGCCCUCAUUUAUUCCAAUUUUUCGGCUGGUUUAUUUACUGCAUAAAUAUUUUUACUAUAUUAACCUUUAUAUCGCCGUGAGCAUUGCACCAAUACCCAUAAUAAUUGGAUGUUGCUGCAAACUAAAUGUCUCUGUACUGUACUUAUUUCCAAAUACAUUUUCCAUCGAUUCUUAAAUGGUCCACUACUAGUAUAUCACGUAUAACUCUUUAUCAGGUAACAAAUAUUGACAAUACGACUUUUUCUAGUACACAUUGAUAUAAGUAGCAGUCGGUCAAAGGUUAAGGUUUAUGAAUGUUAUUCAUAAAAUUUAACUGCACAGAUAAUGUGUAAUCUCCCACACUGGAAUUUAAAAUGCAACAUCAAAUUAUUCGUAAUCUCACUAAUGAUAACUGAAAAUAUUCAGGAAAACAAAAUUAAUUUUCAAUGGGCGUAGUAAAAUAUCGUAAUCUGAUUAAUUAGAUCAAAUCUUUGACGUCUGAUGAGUUCAGAGAGUAUUUUUCUACAAUCUUUUUAAAUUUUAAAAUAGCAAUUAAUGCACUUAUGAAUAUCAAUGAAAUGUUUGGUUGAUGCAUCAUGGUGAACGUGCCAGAUAUGUUGAAGAGAAUUUUAGUUAAUAAUUUUAUUAUAUUGUGUAAGUCAUUAAGUUUAAGUAAUUUACAACUUUGGCCUGUUGAUAUAUAUUAUAUAUAAUCCUAUUAAGACUUUAUUUCUGGGAUUGUAAAAUAAAAGCUAAAUAUA